AUGGGGGGUAUGGGUACUGUAUUAACAGCUAUUACACGAGCACAACUACGUACAGGCAAAAUUAAACCCUAUAUCGUUCUCCCAUUUUAUUCAUUCUUAAAGGAACAGGAACAAUAUCCUAUCAAAAAGACGAUCAAUUUAGUAACAACGUUUCGGAAAAAUGAUCAACUUUAUUCAGUCCCUUUUCGUGUAUCUGAAUUACAAUAUGACUUUGAACCUAUACAAAAUUUUGAAGCUCUUUCACAUGAGGAAAAGACAGAGAUCAUAAAUAAUCGUAAUAUCAAACCUACAGUCACUGUUUAUUUAAUUGGUUGCGGCAAAAUAGACCCAUUAAAUAAAGCAUUUCAGGCUGAAUCAAUUACAGAUAUUUAUUCUUCACCAAAGGGUUUACCACAAGAAUGGAAAGAUCAAUAUUUUGCUAAGGCAGCUGCCUCAUUUCUUAUUUGGAGAGCAACAAGAAAAUAUGAGCAAUCCUUAUUUACUCCAUUAAAUACAUCACAGCCUAGAGUCGAUAUCGUACAUUUACAUGGAGCUACAAAUGCCUAUGUUGCAAAGUAUUUAAUCGAGCAUGAAGUUCAAUUAGGUGAUAUACCUCCUAGUAUUGUAUAUACAAUGCAUGAUUAUCUGGAUGAAUUGCAAUAUACGAAUACAUUAUUAAACGUCAAGAAAUUCUUAAAUGCACCGCGUUCAGGAGAAACAUUAGAACAGGAAAUAGAUCAAACUUUAACUCCUUAUAUGUUUGGAAGUGGGAAAGUGUUUAUGUCGCCUUUAGGUAUCGAUUUAGCAGAUAUUGUUACUUUUGUAAGCCAAACAAUGGCAAAGGAUAUGGUUGAAGGAAGAUUGGAUUUUUAUUUAAAGGAAGUAGUCAUGUCUCCUAUAUUGCGUAAGGCAAAGCAACAGCAGUUUUAUGGUAUAAGCAAUGGUGUCGAUUUUAGUGGUGCUCUAAAUCCUUUUACUGAAAGCCAAUUAGUGACAUCCGACUUGAAUUAUCCAGAUCAUGCGCAAGAAGAUGAUUAUGUGAUCACUAAAAAACAAAAGGCAAAAGCAUAUUUGAUAGAAAGGGGGUUAUUAAAUAACAACGACUUCAAUCGCCCUCUCGUUCUCUUUGUUGGCCGAUUUCAAUACAAUAAAGGCUUAGAGACGUUUGAGGAAGCAGCUCAUUUGUUUCAAUCACAUCAUAUGAAGUUUGUCAUCAUUGGACAGCCGAAUAAUUACCCUUUAGCUUGGCUAGAACGACUCGCCUCUCAGUAUCUUGACAAUAUUGUCUUACUAAAAUAUAUAUCUGAACAAGAGGAAUGGUUAACUUACUUCCGAGCAGCAGCUGAUAUUGUUUAUGUACCAAGUGUGACUGAAAGCUUUGGUUUAGUAGCAGCGGAGGGACUCAUGUUUGGUUCUUCAGUGAUUUCAACAGGUACAGGAGGAUUAAGCGAAUUUCUUGUGGAUCGAACUUUAGAUAAAGAUAUAUCACCUCCUUCUGUAUUGUCUAGGGUCUAUGUAGAAAGUCGCUAUCGUCAUAAUGCAUAUUUAUUUAAUACGCUUAAGCCUGGCAGUCUUGCAAGGGCUGUUGAAGAUGCUGCUAGAAGCCUUGAAUUGAUUAAGAAUGACCCUGCCUUGCAUGAAGAAUACGUAUUAAGAAUGAUGUUAAGUGCAUAUAGUUUAGGUUGGGCUAGAGGAGAAAAUCAAGGCCCAAUUUAUGAUUAUUUGCGUAUAUAUCAACAAGCUUUAUAUGAUAAAAGAAGCAAAUCUUCUUUAGCCACAAUUUUAAGAUAA